AUGGCCAGCUCACGUUCGGAAGAUGCUGUUUACAGCGGCUACCUAAUGGCGGUGGACGACUUCAAGACCUUCUUCGCUACUGUUGAGCCUUCUUUUGCCGGGAGGCCCUUCGACGACCAUGUCUUUGGCUACGACUCCUGGAGACGGCGCCUCCCAAAGGCGGAUCGAGCUAGAGUGCCCAGGCUUCGACUGGUUCCGCUUCCUGACAUCCCUGCAUUUUGUAUGCCCACUGAUGACAUGGUCGACAAGGCUUUCUUACCCACUCGUUAUGUGCGCUACACUAGCAAGAAACAGUUACGCCACAACGAAAAGAACAGACACCUUUGGGAGGAGAAUGAGAAGGACCGAGCGAAGCUUGAGGAGUUUUCUCGCUUCAUUGCAUCUCUUGGUGGUAAUGUGGAUGUCACGACAGUUGCUGGUUUUGGUUGUUUGAAGGACACGCAUCCGGAUUUCACCCCAGGUUUUUGA